AUGUCCGACGCUGAGGCUUCUGUCUUGGGAAAGCGUGAGCGCGAUGCCGCCGCGGAAGACGAAGCGAAUGGCAACUCCAACAAUGUGACGGAGGACAGCGACGACGACAUUGGGCCGAUGCCUAUGCCUGCUGAUGCUCCCGAAGCUCAAGUGAUAAAGAAGAAAAGGAAGGUCCUUCCGCACGAGAAACUCUACCUUUCUCAUCUCCCGAGCGCAGAUCGCUACGCGAAAUCAUUUAUGCACCGCGAUGUCAUCAACUUCGUCGUCGUCACUCGCGGAACAGACUUCGUAAUAACCACCUCGAUUGAUGGACAUCUCAAAUUGUGGAAGAAGCAGGAAGUUGGUAUUGAAUUCGUCAAGCAUUACCGUGCGCAUUUGCAGCAGGUUACUGGCGUUUCUGCGAGUGUGGAUGGGACGCUCUUUGCAAGUAUAUCUGAGGAUGGGACUGCGAAGGUGUUUGAUGUCGUGAAUUUCGACAUGAUUAACAUGAUUAAACUUGGCUUCGUUCCUCAUUGCUGCUGUUGGGUACAUGGUAAGGGAAAAGCACAGGCUUUACUUGCUGUUUCAGAAAGCAACUCUGGCGUGAUUCGUAUUUACGACGGACGAGGCGAUGACAAACCCCUCUUCGUCGUCGACAAGGUCCACAGGUUCCCUGUUCACAUUAUGACAGCGAGACUAUUGACUAGAGCGGUGGAUAAGUACAACGACAGAUACGACACCGUCGUUUCGGCUGAUGAGAACGGGUUCAUUGAAUAUUGGCAACCUUUUGAGCCAUUCGAACUACCGAAAAAUGUACCUCGUAUGUGGGAGUACAAAAGCUCCACGGACUUGUUCGAGUUCAAAAAGGCAAAAGCCACAACAACGUGCAUUGUAUUGUCGCCAGACAACAACUCCUUCGUAACCUUCUCGCUUCCUGAUCGCCAAAUACGCAUAUUUUCCUUCAUCUCUGGAAAGCUCACAAGGCGAUAUGAUGAAUCAUUGGGGGCGAUACAGGACAUGCAGCAGGCCGGGACGUCGAUCUAUCGCAUUGAAGAUAUGGAAUUCGGGCGUAGAUUGGCUGUUGACCGUGAGUUGGAACUACCUGGACCUGACGGUAAAGUACCAGGACGAUGGAUAAAUGCCGUUUGGGACGAGAGUGGCAAUUUUGUAUUAUACCCGACUUUGCUGGGAAUCAAAGUGGUAAACACGGUAACGAACAAAGUGGUUCGCUUGCUAGGAAAGGACGAGACAGUGCGAUGGAUGAACUUGAGCCUGUAUCAAGGAGCGCCGGCAAAGAAAGGCCGUACCACCGCCGCAAUGGCUGCUUCAGCAAAUCCCAUCCUUGCUAGUAAAGAAACCCGUGAUCCGACUCUUUUUUGCACUGGGUAUAAACGACAGCGUUUCUAUAUGUUCACUCAAACGGAGCCAGAGGAUAUGAAAGAUCAGGGUGACCGUGACGUCUUCAACGAACGGCCAACGCGCGACGAACAAACGACAGCCUCAGCAGCACCCGUAAAAGCUAGCGGACCAUCGCCAAUUGCACACGCUGCAACGAUACACACCAGCGAGGGUGACAUUCACAUACGACUCUUUCCAGAACAUGCGCCUAAGGCAGUCGAGAACUUCGUCGGGCAUGCGCGCAGCGGAUAUUACGAGGGUAUUAUUUUCCAUCGGGUUAUUCCGAAGUUUAUGAUCCAGACCGGAGAUCCUCUUGGUGACGGUACGGGUGGUGACUCGAUUUGGGGAAGGGAGUUUGAAGAUGAGUUUACGAGUGCUUUGAGGCAUGAUAGGCCGUAUACGUUGAGUAUGGCGAACGCCGGCCCGAAUACGAACGGAUCACAGUUCUUUAUCACCACUACCGCGACACCCUGGCUUGACAACAAGCAUACGAUUUUCGGUCGUGUCCUUCGAGGCUUGGAAGUUGUACAUGCCAUUGAGAACGUGAAGACGAACAAGCUGGACAAACCGUUCGAGGAUAUUAAGAUCAUCAACGUAGAAGUCGAGUAG